AUGUUCUCCGUUCGCGUCGCCCGUGCCGGCCUCCGUGCCACCGCCCAGCAGUUCUCCGUGCCUCGCACUGCCGCCGUCAACGGUCUGAGGACCUAUGCCACCCCGGCCCAGGAUGUCAAGCCUCCUGUCUCCCUGUUCGGUGUUGACGGCACCUAUGCCACCGCUCUGUUCACUGCCUCUGCCAAGUCCGCCAGCCUCGACCAGACCUCCAAGGCUCUCGCCAGCCUCGGUCAGACCCUCAAGGCCGACCGCAAGCUGACCACCAUCCUCUCCGCCCCUACCCUCACUGUCGCCGACAAGCAGCAGAUCGUCCAGGAGCUGCAGAAGGUUGCCGGUGCCGAUAAGGGCGACAUCCUCAAGAACUUCCUCGCUACUCUGGCUGAGAACAACCGUCUUGGUCUCCUCGAGGGUAUCUGCGACAAGUUCUCCACCCUCAUGGGUGCUCACCGUGGUGAGAUUGAGCUGAACAUCACCAGUGCUCAGGAGCUCGACACCAAGACUGUCAACCGUCUCGAGAAGGCCGUUUCCAAGUCCGAGUUCAGCCAGGGCAAGAAGCUCAAGGUUGUCACCAAGGUCGACCCCGAGCUCGUCGGCGGUCUGGUUGUUGAGAUCGGUGACCGCACCAUCGACCUCAGCGUCUCCUCCAAGAUUGCCAAGCUCAACAAGGCCCUCACCGACGCUUUGUAAAUUACCUAAAGAAUCCACUUAAAACACAAGAGGGAUGCGCAUGUUCACAUUAGGCGUCUCUUGAGCUUCCAUAUUUAGUUUAUAUCAACUCCCUGUACCCCUACCGAAUCGAUCUACCUCAUUCAUCCUCUAUAUUUCUUGCUAGCAUGAGCUCUAGUUCUGGAGUCGAAUAGACAGAAUCGAGUUUUAUAUCACCCAUUUUGGCAGAACAUACAUACUGUGCGGGUUCUCACUAGUAGUUUGACAGCUGA